AGUAGGGGUGUUGGCCGGUAUUGGGUACUAACGUCUGUGUGAGAGCCAGAAGCAAACCAACAGUCACCGAGCCUCCUUCUUCUUACCGUGAGCGAAGACUAACAAACCGCCAAAAUGUCAAGUAAAAGAGCAAAGACAAAGACCACAAAGAAGCGCCCUCAGCGUGCAACAUCCAAUGUGUUUGCCAUGUUUGAUCAAUCCCAAAUUCAGAAGUUUAAGGAGGCUUUCAACAUGAUUGAUCAGAACCGUGAUGGCUUUAUUGAUAAAGAAGUUCUGCACGACAUGCUUGCGUCUCUUGGUAAGAACCCCACAGACGAGUACCUACAGGCCAUGAUGAAUGAAGCUCCUGGACCUAUUAACUUUACCAUGUUCCUUACCAUGUUUGGUGAGAAACUGAAUGGUACAGACCCUGAAGAUGUCAUCAGGAAUGCAUUUGCAUGUUUUGAUGAAGAAGGAACAGGCUUCAUUCAAGAGGAGAACCGGAGAGAGCUGCUGACUACUAUGGGUGACCGAAGUGGAUGA